GUUUUCCCCAGGAAAAUGGAAGAGAUGCUAUAUGCCUUUGCCGACAGAAUAUCUAAACCACGUCUCUGUUUGACAGACAAGAUGCUAAUAUCAUUGGCUGGUGGUUUAGGUCAUGGACUUGCUCAUGCAGUCUUUUUCUGCCUCAGCCUCCUAACUCCAGCAUUUGGUCGAGCAACAUUUUUUGUCGAAAGGUGCUCAAGGAUGCCAUUUUUCCUUGUGUCUGCAAUUAUUUCACUUGGAUUCUUGGUCAUCCAUACUUCCUCGAUGAUUAUUGCCUUUAAUGGAUAUGGAGAGAGAAAGAAGAAGGACCAAAUCUUCGUCCCAGUGGUUCACCUGAUUGCUGCUGUAAUGACAUUGAUCAACCUUGUGCCUGGAGGUUGCCUCGUCGGUACACCUUUACUGUGCAUGACGGCUGCGAUGACCUUGUAUUACUCCUGGCAAGUGGUUGGGCAGAGAAUAGCAGAGCACCAACAUGGGCAGUCUUAACAGCUAGCGCUUUGCCUAUGCUCGUUGCAUCGCAUCGAGUUUUCUUGUGGGUUAAUCUCUGUACUAGGACAACUGUAUGUAGAUUUAGCAGUUUCGCCACUAGUGGACUCAUCAUCUUGUGAAAGCCCAUGCGGAACGGUGGUCGUGAGAAAUUUAUUCCCUUCUGAAGUUAUGAUGGGUUGUAUAUGAGAGUGUGUACUUGUAAUUAGAUGUUUUCAGUACUAUCUGGACAGGCAAGAGAUUGCCGUCAGAUCAGGCAUGAGUAGUUAGUUACCUAUAA